UCUCUGAUAUCGAUAUACUCGAAGAAAAAUUUUAAGUAUAUAAGAAGAAUAAGAGAUUCUAGAAGAUGUCUACUUUGGAAGAUAAAAUUUUAGGAGAAAAAACACACUACUAUUGUAGUAGCUCCAGCGAGGAUGAAAAUGAUAGUGAAGACUUUGAUAAAGAAGUUGACAAAGAAGAAGACAAAUAUAUACGUUCAGAUGCAUCUUCUUAUUCCAAUGCACCUUCUUACUCAGAAUGGGAUGGAUCCUCCAGUAAUACAGGACCAAAAGGUGUUAUUAAAGAUUGGCAACGAUUUAAACAAAUAGAAACAGAAAAACAAGCAGUACUUGCAAAAGAGAGAAUAGAAUUAAUUAAGAAAUUAAGUCUUUCAUGUCGCACUGAUCUAGAUGAAGAAAAAGAGAAACUGGAAGAAACAGAUCCAGAACUUGCUGAUCUAUUAACAGAUGAAUUUCUAAUAACUUAUCAAAAGCAAAGAAUGAAAGAAAUGCUUGCAAAAGCAGAAAAACUACGUUUUGGACAACUCAUUAAUUUAGAAACAGCUGAUCAAUUCGUAGAAUCUAUUGAUAAUGAGGAUAAAUCAGUAACCAUUAUUAUUCAUAUAUAUGAAGAUAAAGUCAUUGGAUGCAAAACCAUGAAUGGAUGUUUAACAGCUCUUGCAGAGGAUUAUCCUUUUGUUAAAUUCUGCAAAAUUUCAGGAUCGGUGGCAGGAUUGAGUAAACACUUUAAACAAAAAGGUGUCCCUGCUUUAUUAAUCUAUAAACAAGGACAAAUAAUUGGAAAUUUUGUCCAAUUGACGGAACAAUUGGGAUCAGAUUUUUAUGCUUCUGAUGUAGAAUCAUUUUUAAUAGAAAAUGGAAUGUUAGCUGAUAGAAGCUGUGUACCUAGCAUUAUUUCAGGCAUAAAACAAGAACAAUGUUAAUAAGAAAGUACUUUAUGAAGUAAUAAGUAAAAGUAUAUUUCUAAGCAUCAUUUCUUCUAUAAAUCUUCAUAUACACUAGCA